CAAAGUGACACCACGCCAGUUGAAUUGAAAACUUUACAAAUUGUUGUGACAUAGUUUCCGAUUGCAAUUGCAAAUAUUCUUAUUACUGAUAACUAGAUUAACAUAGACAAUAUUAUAAGUGCUGAUAAGUGAACGUUGGAUUGUACAACUGUGUGACUUAGUGAAAAUUCGUGCUCACGGGCUAGGAUUUCCGAAAAUUAGUGAAAAUCUGAAAAGCAUAAAUCUAACAAACAAUAUGUUCGACGAGUCAGUGGUUCCUGUCAAAAUGGAGACGUUCAGUGGAGUUGCGGCUAAAAGCCCAAUAGGCCAGUGCAUCAAGACUGUACUGGGGAGAGCACGCGUGGAGAAGAGGUUAACAAUCGGCCUCCUGCCGGCAAUUCAGUAUCUGUCAAAAAACACAAACGGAGCGCUGUUCUGUCUCACUGCAGCCGCGCCACCUGGCGACAGCGCCACGCACAUGCAAGAAGUUUUACUGCAAGCUUUCUGCGCGGAAAACGAUAUUUACGUUAUUAAGGUGGAUUCGGACCAAAAAUUGAAAAAGUUGCUCGGGCUCUGCGAGACACGCAUGGAUGUCAGCUGCAUUCUGGUCCACUAUCCAUACACCGACCCGUUUAGCGAUAGCCAAGAGAUCGACCUGUCCACCCUCUCAGAAGCCGAGAACGACUUGAUUGAUCACUGUGAAACUAACUGGGACUAUGCUCAGAUGCCUGUCAUCAAACUGCCAGAAAAGUGAAAAUAUUCAACACUGAAGAUUUUGGAAUCCAACAAAAUAUUUAACUCGGUCAAACGAAUUAGGCCAUUGUUUUUUCUUUCGGCCUUGAGUGCCUUCUAGCGUAUGAAAAAACGUAUGUCUAAAUGAGUUUUGUAUUGCAAUUUGAUUGCAUACUUGUUUAUAUAAGUCUAUGAAUACUAGAUGUAAUGUUUUAAGAUACGAUGGGCAUUUGUAUUAUAGAAGUUAUGCGUAGGAGAUUUUU